AUGUCGUCCUCUACUUCUAUGAGCUCAUUGCUCCUGGAAGCUGGCUUCCUAGUUCUCGCUAUUCUUGAACUGAUUCUUAUUUGGAUUUUUAUGAAAUGGGUGAAAAGAGUCCGGGCCAUUGAAUUUGAGUUGAUACUUCACAUGCAAGAAGUUGAACUACUCGACUAUAUGUUCAGAGAAAAUGAGGAAGUUAUUGCUCAUAUGGGCGAUGAGCCUCCCAUCUCAGUCCAAAAGGCGCGUCAGCUUUGCCAGUUCCACCAGGAUAUGUUAAACGGGAACCUUGCAUCAAAUGGCCUCAGGCGCGGCUUUGAGACUACAAGUCUAACAAGGGCCAAGAAACUCAAGCUGGUAUGGCAUAAAGACGAAUGGGAGAAAGUUCUUAGACUCUAUAGAGGGUCUGUUUUUAGCCUGAGAGACCUUUGUGCCGAUAUCAGGAUGCAUACCCAGCUACGAAACAUGACAGCGGCUAUGUCUCGACUAGACCAGGAAUUUGCAGGGGCUCCCUCGGCAAAAGAGUUAGUUGAUCUCCAGGGAGACGACUUUUUUAUUAUUGCAUAUAUACAAGCGCAGAAUCUGUCAGAUCAUCCACAUCUACCCCGCGACCGCAGAGCUGUACCAGCAACCCUUAAGCUAGACACUGGUGCAAGCAUUGACCAUGUUUCUGAGAGCUUUUUGUUAGAUGUACUGAAGCUAAAGAAACAAUCCUUUCUUCCUAUCCCAGAGCAUGAACAGGAACCAGUCACUGGGUUUGAUGGGACUCAGUUUACUCCAAGGUAUCGUGUAAAGCUUCAGUGGUCACGAGAGCUGAACAAGGAGAUGAAGAGUCAUAUGUUUUUAGUGGUCCCAAAUUGUCCCUGCGACGUGGUUUUGGGAGCACGAAACUUUCUUCAGCAAGCUACCGGCCUUACAAGAAGAAUACAAAUUGCUGCAGGCGGACGAUUGACCGAGUCAGAACAACAGCGGCGGGAUGAAGUGAUCAAUGCUGAGCGGGAAAGAGAGCGUGUCAGGUUUGAAGAAGCCAAGGCAAGGCGUGCACAGAGAUUAUGGACUAGGCGGUCAUCAACAUCCCGCGAGGAGGAUAUAGAGAUGCAAACGCAGAGUGGACCAAGCUCGGCUUCAGCAGAGGAAGAUCUUGUUAAUACUGCUUAG